AAAGAGAAAAAUCUCGUAAUGUCUCUCUUCUUGUUCUGCAUUUAGUGAACUCGCGGCGUUUCGCAGAUAAUGUCCGAGAAUGUCCAUUUCUGGGACUUUGAGCAACUAUUACGUGGACUCCAUCAUAAGUCACGAGAGCGAUGAACUCCCAACCCCGGCUCGCUUUCCCAGCGUUCAGUAUUCUGGCUCGAGCUCCGCUGCGGCCGCGGGGGGAAGGCAACCAGGCGGCGCGGUGCACGCGGAGCAUCCCCAUCCCGAGUCGUACCCAUCCUGCAGCUUCCAGCCGAAGCCCCCGGUCUUCUCAUCGUCCUGGAGCCCGUUCAGCCCGCACCACGGGGCCAGUGGUCUUCCUACCGUCUACCACCCAUACAUUCCUGCCCAGCACGUGCCCGCCGCGGACACACGGUACCUCCGCUCAUGGCUGGACUGCGCGCCGCGCGGCUCCGAGUCUGUCCCGGGGCAGGGCCAGACGGGGCAGGUCAAGCUGGAGCCGCAGCUCGGCCAUCUCGGCGCGGAGAUCCCACCCAAAAUCGGCGGACAGCACCAGCACGACACCACCACUUACAUCUUGGAGUCGACUUCCACGGCGGCACGCGAGCUAAGCCACCAUCCGGCGGCCAUCCCGGGAGCAGGGUUCGAGGAAAAUAAGGACAUUUGUGAAGGGAGCGAGGACAAAGACGGCCUGGAUCAAAAUGACCCCUCGGCCAACUGGCUGCACGCACGCUCCUCCAGGAAGAAGCGGUGCCCGUACACGAAAUACCAGACGCUCGAGCUGGAGAAGGAGUUCCUCUUCAACAUGUACCUCACGCGGGACCGGCGGCAUGAGGUAGCGCGGGCGCUCAACCUGACGGAGCGGCAGGUGAAGAUCUGGUUCCAGAACCGGAGGAUGAAAAUGAAGAAACAGAGCAAGGACCAACCCAAGGACUAGCGGGACUCUCACUCGCGCGCACUCACACAUUCAGACACGCACAUGCACGCACGCACGCACGCACGCUCACACCUUUUACCCAACAUCAAUAAACUCCCCUCUUUCUUACACCUGGAACACAAAAAUGGCCUUCCAAAAAAAGAACUAUAAACACACACAUACACACACACACACACACACACACACGCACGCACACUCCUGCUGUUUGCAUUUUUUUUUUGUAUUUUUUUUUUUUAACCUUUAGGCGCUACCACGUGAGCUUCAGUCCAAUCUUACCAAUCUAUACAACUGAUCAAUGCUGUAUUGAUCGCUGCCAGACGCUCAGGACGCCUCCACGUUAACACUGAAGUCUUAAGAAGGUCGGAGGAGCUCCGUCUGACGCUGCAAGACUUGGUGAUCGUCUGAGUUUUGUGGUCAUGGGCAGAGCCUCACAGACCAACAACAGUUCCUCCCGGACCUGCUCUCCUUUAAAUGGGUCGGACUCUAUAAAUCUGCAGAUCGGACUGUUUGUUUGAUGAACUGGUGGUUUGUAUUCCUACCCCGUAUUUCUUGUUUUACAUGCAGCUGGUAUCUAUCUUAUCUAGGCGUUGAUAUUAGGCUGCAGGAAAGAGGAGGAAAACAAGGCAGCAAACCGCCAUUUGUGCUAGAAAGACUGGUGGGUGGGGGUGCAGACAGAGAGAAAGAGAGAGAGAGAGAGGUUUCUUUUCUUUUCUCUCAAGCACUACUCUUCAUUUUAUUAGUUAUUUAUUGUUCCGACGCUGACAACGGAGGCGCGCCGAGGUGCUGAAACCGGGGAUGCACACACACACACAUACACACACACACACACACACACACACACACACACACACACACACACACACACACACACACACACACACACACACACACACACACACACACACAGUGGCGUGGUGUGUUUAUUCUCCCGUUUUCGUGAUUCUCUCAUUGCCGGCGGAAUUUGAUUAGAAAGCGACCGAUGGUCCGCGUUGAUACAAGAAGCAAGCCGCCGUUUGUUUCCCGGUUGUCGGCCUAAGUAAUGAGCAGAUACCGGAGGCGGGGGGGUGGGGGGGUGGAAAGUGAUGGGGUGGCGGAGGUGUUAACCCGACUCAGCAACCGGGGAUCCGAUUAGGGUGCUGUCGAUAUCGUGAAUCCUCCGCCCUUCAGCCACCUCUCCGGAUGCUUUAUGCGCUGCGGCUGCGGCAGCAGCGGCUCAUCCGCGGCCUUGAUCGGCUCGAUAGUCAUCCCCUCCGCGUCACAUCGGCCUGGAGUUAGCAGGGUUUAUCUGAGAGGAGAAACAGCACAAAACACCAGACAACACACAACAGAUACAGGCAACGAGCAAGACCCAGUCUUAUCCGGGUGAUCACUUGGCUUUAACUUAGACGACAGAAUACUCCACAUAGCUUCUCCUGCUUCCUCUCGAAUUGUGACCCCGCCAGCCUUCGCAUCACACUAUCGAGCAGCGUUAAAGAACAGCUGACCCAAACGCUUAUUUAGACCGGUUUAUGUCUGCUUAUUCGUCUAGGAAACCAUCUAUUUGCAGUGCGCACAAAGCCGACACCGCUGCGUGCGCGCCACGCACAUCCCAACACCUCUGUCCUCCACGGCCCUCCAAUCUUUAUUUAACGUGGUUCUUGCCUUGCGUUUAAACAAAGAAUCAUUUCUAUUUUUAUACAUGCUGUAUGUUGUUUAUCUGCUAUGCAAGGCGGGUUUCUCUCUCGUUUCAGUCGAGCAGCCUACGGAACACAUGUACGCAAAGGCGGUUUCUCAACACAAACUGGGAUUGAGCAAAGAUCGGAGCACCCCCGACAUGUUUACUGACAAUUUGUACAUUUGUUUUCAGGCUCGAGUUUUCCUGGAAAUGCAAUUCCUAGAGGUUCUAUUACGCGUUUAUAUCAAUAACAUAACACUUUCGAUGUACUCCCGCGCGAAAUGCUUUAGCAAUAGUGUCCACGUUUACUAGCUCGGAGUGUUGGAGUUAUGCAGAGUUUUAUUGAUCGGAGUGUUAGAAUAUGAAGAGGCCAUGUUGGAAGGCAGGCCUGCUACUAUGGCGUUAUUUGAAGUGUUGGGGUAGUUAGAUGGCGCCCGAUGGCAGUUUUAUGGACGGAUCAUAAACAACGCGCAGGCUUUACAACGUUUACAACAUCUCGUGUGUGUGUGUGCGUGUGUGUGUGUGUGUGUGUGUGUGUGUGUGUGUGUGUGCGUGCGUGCGCGCGUGUUUGGAUGUUGCAGCUCGCAGGCCACAAAGGCUGCUUGUAAAAAAGAAUUAGACACAUACACAGUAUAUAUAGUUUACGCACGCUUGCGUGGAGUUCGCCCGCGGUUUAGUUGGUGUUGUUCUCAGUUCUAACGCACACGCGGAAAUAAACUGAACGGGUCCACAAACCAGCCUUUUCUUUUUGCGACGUCCUAACAGAGAGGCUCUCCAAGCAGCAUCCAAGUCCUCUAUUAACGAGUAAAAAUGUUUACAUGGUUUGCGCAUGCCUCGAGUCACUAGUCAUUUUGAAGACGUUCUGUCGUCGUUUAGCUCUUUGUGUGUUGGAUCUGUCCGAGGGGAAUGCUUACUGAACAAUUAAAACAUGACUAAAUAGAAGUUUCUCGAUAGGAAAUAUUUCUAAUUUAUUGUAUAUAAGUGAGUAACCUCGUCUUUCUUAUUGGAAUGAGUUCAAUAUGCUGAAUAUUGUUUUGUCUUAUUGGAAUAUGGCAUCUUACUGUAACGUAGAUGAUUUCUCUUUUCUUUUUUUUCUUUUUUCUUUUUUUUUUUUUUUUUGUCUGUCAUGUUCUUUAGCUUCUGUUGUCCAUGUUGUUGUGCCGACUGUCUCAAUGAUCUGUUCUGAUGUCAGUCCGAUGUCUAUGAUUUGUUUAGUGGUGAACAGUAUUGAGUCGGACUCUGCUAGUGUUGGGACAGAGAGGACGAGAAAGGUUUGAUUAAAAUGAACCGAUGCUUCUAUAUUAAUGAUCCUUUCUAUUUGAAUUAUUGACUCUGUUACUCUCCUGCCCUUUCUAUGACUUCCUCCCGCUUCCUGUCCCACUAUAUUUUCUCUCUCUCUCUCUCUUCAGGAGGAACAAAGUUUCUGGAGUGUUUGCUGUUAAUAAAUAUGGGCAAGUCAUUUUAUUUUCCCUCCGCUUUCUUUCUAUUUUUUUUUUCUUUUUUUUUUUUUUAAUGAGACAAAUGUAAGCCAUGUGGCCACAGUAAAGGCUUUAUUAACGAGCAGGCGACCUCAAGUCACUCUGAUCCUCUCCUCCAUGUGAAAUGUUCCGGUCCCUUCUUGUAUGUUUUCCUCUCUUCUAUGUGUCGUGUCUCUUGUUUCUUUGUGCGAUUGCACUGCAGAUGCUGGA